GUAGAGCAGCUCUUGCUAAAACAGAACCACGAUGAGAGCCGUACCGACAUGGAUAGAUAAAGUGCAUGAUCGGGAUAAAGUAGAGCAAUGUAUUUACGACCUUGCGUUCAAGCCAGAUGGGAGUCAACUUAUAGUUGCUGCUGGAAAUCGAGUUUUGGUUUAUGACACAGCUGAUGGAACACUUAUCCAGCCUCUAAAGGGGCACAAAGACACAGUAUACUGUGUUGCCUAUGCCAAAGAUGGGAAGCGUUUUGCUUCAGGUUCAGCUGACAAAAGUAUCAUCAUUUGGACUUCUAAGCUGGAGGGAAUAUUGAAGUAUACCCACAAUGACUCCAUCCAGUGCGUUUCAUAUAAUCCAGUUACACAUCAGCUGGCCUCCUGUUCGUCCAGUGAUUUUGGUUUGUGGUCUCCAGAACAAAAAUCUGUCUCCAAACACAAAGUCAGCAAUAAAAUCACAUGUUGUGGGUGGACCAAUGAUGGUCAGUACCUUGCUUUGGGGAUGGUGAAUGGAGUAGUAAGUAUCCGCAAUAAAAAUGGGGAAGAGAAGGUGAAGAUAGAACGUCCUGGAGGUACCCUGUCACCCAUCUGGUCCAUUGCCUGGAACCCAUCCAAUAGGUGGAGGACUGUCUGGAAGAGAUGCCCUGAACAUGGGGAAGAGGAGCCACUGACGGAGGGCAGUGUUUGUGCACCUUCUUACCUGUGGGCUGAAACAAGUUCGAGUCAGGGCAGUGAGGCAGAGGAGUCCCAGCUAGAAGAAGAGAGAGAGGAUCUGGAGGGCCAUUUGCUUCAGGAACAUGUUGACAAUACUGAUCUAGAUGAGCACAAUGACAUCUUGGCAGUGGCAGACUGGGGCCAGAAGUUGUCUUUUUAUCAGCUAAGUGGCAAACAGAUUGGAAAAGACAGGUCCCUGAAUUAUGAUCCCUGCUGCGUCAGCUAUUUCUCCAAAGGGGAGUAUAUUGUGAUGGGGGGAUCGGACAAAAAGGCUUCCCUGUUCACCAAAGAUGGGGUUCGACUGGGCACCAUUGGCGAGCAAAACUCCUGGGUUUGGUCCUGUAGGGUCAAACCAGACUCUAAUUAUGUGGUGGUGGGCUGCCAAGAUGGAACCAUUGCGUUUUACCAGUUGAUCUUUAGUACAGUUCAUGGUCUUUAUAAAGACCGAUAUGCCAACAGGGACAACAUGACUGAUGUCAUUGUGCAGCAUCUCAUCACCGAACAGAAGGUGAGAAUAAAGUGCAGAGAGUUGGUCAAGAAGAUUGCAAUCUACAAAAACCGACUGGCCAUCCAACUCCCAGAGAAAAUCCUCAUUUAUGAGCUCUACUCUGAUGACUCCUCAGACAUGCAUUACCGUGUGAAAGAGAAAAUCUGCAAGAAGUUUGAGUGCAACCUGCUGGUUGUAUGCUCACAACAUAUCAUCUUGUGCCAGGAAAAAAGGCUGCAGUGCCUAUCAUUCAAUGGUGUAAAAGAACGAGAGUGGCUCAUGGAAUCUUUGAUUCGAUACAUCAAGGUGAUUGGGGGAUCACCUGGAAGAGAGGGACUGCUUGUUGGUUUGAAGAACGGAGCAAUUCUGAAGAUAUUUGUGGACAACCCAUUUGCAAUCACUCUGCUGAAACAGGCGACCUCAGUUCGUUGUCUGGACAUGAGUGCCUCCAGAAACAAGCUGGCUGUUGUGGACGAACAUAACACCUGCUUAGUGUAUGACAUCCGUACAAAAGAGCUCCUUUUUCAGGAGCCAAAUGCAAAUAGUGUUGCUUGGAACACUCAGUGUGAAGACAUGCUGUGCUUCUCAGGGAGUGGCUACCUUAAUAUUAAAGCUAGCAACUUUCCAGUGCAUCAGCAGAAGCUCCAGGGCUUUGUGGUGGGGUACAAUGGCUCCAAGAUCUUCUGUUUGCAUGUCUACUCUAUGUCAGCUGUGGAAGUACCCCAGUCUGCCCCUAUGUACCAGUACUUGGAGAGAAAGUGGUUCAAAGAGGCCUAUCAGAUUGCUUGUUUAGGAGUAACCGACAGUGAUUGGAGGGACCUGGCCACAGAGGCACUUGAAGGACUUGAUUUUGAAACAGCAAAGAAGGCAUUCAUCAGAGUUCGUGAUUUACGCUAUCUUGAACUCAUAAACAGCAUCGAGGAGAGGAAGAAAAGAGGCGAGACCAACAAUGAGCUCUUCCUGGCGGAUGUUUUUGCCUACCAAGGGAAAUUCCAUGAGGCUGCCAAACUGUACAAAAAGACGGGGAAUGAUAGCCGAGCCCUAAAUAUGUACACAGACCUGCGCAUGUUCGAAUAUGCCAAGGAUUUCCUUGGCUCUGGAGAUCCGAAGGACACCAAAAUGCUGAUUACCAAACAGGCAGACUGGGCCAAGAACAUCAAUGAGCCCCGUGCUGCGGCCGAGAUGUACCUGUCUGCAGGGGAGCACAUGAAGGCUAUAGAGCUCAUCGGGGAACAUGGCUGGGUGGACAUGUUAAUUGACAUCGCACGGAAACUAGACAAGGCAGAGCGUGAGCCCUUAUCACAAUGUGCUGCCUUCUUCAAGAAGCUAAAGCAGCAUGGCUAUGCUGCUGAGACCUACACUAAGAUGGGAGACCUCAAAGCUCUGGUGCUGCUGCAUGUGGAGGAGUAUCACUGGGAGGAGGCUUUUGAGCUGGUGGAGAAACACCCAGAGUUCAAGGACGACGUCUAUGUGCCUUAUGCACAGUGGCUGGCUGAGAACGACAGGUUUGAAGAAGCACAGAAAGCUUUCCACAAGGCUGGGCAGCAGGAUGAAGCAGUGAAAGUGCUGGAGCAACUGACUCACAACGCCGUAGUGGAAAGCAGGUUUAAUGACGCAGCUUAUUACUACUGGAUGCUAUCCAUGCAGUGUUUGGAUAUAGCCAGGGAAAAUGAAAAUAAGAAAGAUGAGAUGCUGAAGAAAUUCCACAGGUUCCAGCACUUGGCAGAGCUGUACCAUGUUUAUCACUCCAUUCAGCGCUACACUGAUGAACCCUUUAGCUCUCAUCUCCCAGAAAGCCUAUUCAAUAUCUCAAGGUUUCUACUGCACAACUUGACAAAGGAUGUGCCAUUGGGCAUCUCUAAAGUGAACACUCUGUACGCUCUAGCUAAGCAAAGCAAAGCACUGGGGGCAUACAAGCUGGCCCGCCAUGCUUAUGAGAAACUACAGGGCCUUCGUAUCCCAACCCGAUUCCAGGAGUCCAUCGAACUGGGCAGCCUGACUGUUCGCUCCAAGCCUUUCCACGACAGUGAGGACCUUGUGCCCAUGUGCUAUCGAUGCUCUACGAACAACCCCCUGCUGAAUAAUCAAGGGAAUGUGUGCAUCAAUUGCCGGCAGCCUUUCAUCUUUUCAGCAUCUUCCUAUGAGAUCCUGCCCCUUGUGCAGUUUUACCUGGAGGAAGGGAUCACUGAUGAAGAGGCUGUGUCCCUCAUAGACCUGGAAGCUCCUCGAACAGAGAGGAGAGAAGGAAAGUGGCAGGAGAUGAGCAGUGGUGAAUCCAACACUUUGAAAUUAGUUGACAGCAUGGAUGACCCUGAAGAAGACCCUUUCAUGGCCAAGCUGAGCUUUGAGCAAGGCGGCUCAGAGUUUGUCCCUGUUGUGGUGAGCAAGGCAGCACUACUUUCCAUGAGCAGGAGGGAUGUCCUGAUCAAGCGCUGGCCCAAGCCCCUCAGCUGGCAAUACUACAGGUCCCUGCUGCCUGAUGUCUCCAUCACCAUGUGCCCUUCCUGCUUUCAGAUGUUCCACAGUGAAGACUACGAGCUGCUAGUACUUCAGCACAAUUGCUGUCCUUACUGCCGCAGGCCAAUAGAUGAACCAAACUGAUCAGUUGUCAAAACUCCUGCCAGCUUGGUCUUGGAGAAGAGAUGAAUGUAAAUUUCUAAAUAUUUAUUUUGUCAUUAAAGACCAUUAAUGGUACGUUUAGCGAUCUACCACUGUGUUCAUUAAGUCCGCUACAAAAGCACUACUUCAGCCGAUCAGCAGAAUAGGAUUAAAGGGAUCAGAUUUCUCUUGGGUUUUGUGAGUGUCAUAUAUGGGGGAUUGAAUGCUGUGGUGUAAGAAAGAUUAAAUUUCAACUUCUGGUUCCCUUUUUAAAUGAAACAUGUAAAUGCUAUUUUUAUGGUGUAAUGCCAGUGAAAGGAAAGGUGCAUAGAUAUAAAAUGAACAUUAUUGAAUCCCUAAAUAAUUUUCAGACAAAAAAGUAUUUUUGUUACUUUACACAUGCCUAUACCUUAUUCACAUGUCAGCCAUUACUUGGGAAAAUAUAAGGAUUUGGAUUAAAGCAUUAAAAUAUGUUUGACAUUCCAUUAGUUUUGUUAUAUUUCAGGAGGCUUUAUGUCAGUGUAUUUGUUUAUUUUGAAAAUUUUAUAUUGUAACUUAAUUCUAUGUUGUUAUCCGUAAAGACUCAACAUGUUCCAAAUAUGGAUAACAUUUAUGAUUUUUUAAAAAUUAAAUAUAAUAAAUAUUACCCAGUAUAUAGGUUAUAUGUACAAACAUAUGUAUCUAUUUUGUCAUUAAAGUAUAUGUAUGAAGUA